UGUUAAUCCAUUGCAAGACAACAACCACAACAAAAAAGCAUUUCCUGGCAAAGUAUCCGCGCCGCUAUGUGUCUAUGAAUCUUGACGGUUGUGGGAAGAGAGAGUCUUGGCUAGCUUUCAGCUGUUCCACAUACCUGGAGACUACUGAUAUCUCAUCUACCACAACUGAAUUGGACCAACUCUAGUGUGCCGUUCAGAAGGAUAAUAGGAUAAUGACAAUUGAGAAGGAGAAGCAAGCCUUGUCAAAAAAGUUUCAUGUACUUGAGAGCAGUGCUAGUGUGGAUCGAACUGAGACAAAAAUCAGAGAGACAGCGUCAACAUUGAACUAUGUCACCCCACAUUUUCGAGCGGAUGCAGAGGUCGAGAUAUCACCACUCAAAGAAGGAGAGAUAUACACGAUUGGCUGGGUACAGGCCGUCACUCACAUGAAAUUUUACAAUGAGUAUCCAAGUGGUACGUCAAGCUGGGAGAUCCAAGAGCUAAACAAUGGCCUCUCUAAAGCAGUCAGUGAUGCAGACGGACGACAGUACCCGUGGUAUGGUGUUACUACAGAGAGAGUCACUGUCAAAGGCCCAUGUUCGGAGCAGAAUGUACGCAUCCUUAUGAAUGACAAUUUCAGCCCUACCGUUAGUUGGGCUAUCCCCGUGGGAAGAGACCAACCAGACACGUUGCGGAGAGUGUGUAGAGACCAAUCGUUUCUCGUGUGGCUAGUUAUUAAGAACGAAAUUACAGGAGAUAUACACGCAUUGAGAGCAUACAAUUGGAGAGCAGUCAUCAACAUUGCUGUGGAUUGUACUGAAGACAUUGGGCACAGAUCCAAGCUGUUGGCACCUCUCUACCAAGACCAGCCUAGUGAACUAAUUGAACUGGCAUUACCGCAGUCUUCACUGUGCUCACCACGAGCAAAUGAAGCUCAAAAAUUUGUUUGGAGGACAAUAGACUCGGAGCUAAUUUUUGAAGUAUCGUGUACUCCUGCUGUGUCCUCUACCACCAGCUUGGUAAGCAGUGCCCCUAGUGUAGCUGAACUAAGGUAUCCAUGCAGAUACUCACCCUACUGAAUGUUCACAGGCAUAAAUUAUUUAAAGUUUAAUCAUUUUCUACACACAACUGAAGAAUCACCUCUUUUUUUGUGUUAAUAUUUUUUUAAACUCAGUUGAAUUAUUUUCUAAAAGAUGGAGAUCGAUGUCCUCUCCUUAUUUUUGUAUAUUUGUACAGAUGUAUACUAUACCCAAUCAAGUUCAUGUUUCAUUGAUUCUAUAAGAAACCCCCCUUUGCUCUAA